AACCAGUGGAUUUAUCACUACAGGAUCGAUACAUGUUAACACCUAUGGCCGUGACGUCCACCUUGCUUAACCAAAUCUCAACAUAUUACUAAAAAGGAUAAUCGCACAACACCAGCAGAGCUGACAUCAUGUGUGAGGAAGAAGAGACUACUGCCCUGGUGUGUGACAACGGCUCCGGCCUGGUGAAGGCUGGGUUCGCCGGUGAUGACGCGCCUCGCGCUGUCUUCCCCUCCAUCGUCGGUCGCCCCCGUCACCAGGGUGUCAUGGUGGGCAUGGGCCAGAAGGAUUCCUACGUCGGCGACGAGGCACAGAGCAAAAGGGGCAUCCUGACCCUGAAGUACCCCAUCGAGCACGGCAUCAUCACCAACUGGGACGACAUGGAGAAGAUCUGGCACCACACCUUCUACAACGAGCUGCGCGUGGCCCCAGAGGAGCACCCCACCCUUCUGACAGAGGCCCCGCUCAACCCAAAGGCCAACAGAGAGAAGAUGACCCAAAUCAUGUUCGAGACGUUCAAUGUACCCGCAAUGUACGUGGCUAUCCAGGCCGUCCUGUCCCUGUACGCCUCUGGACGUACCACAGGUAUUGUGCUGGACUCCGGAGACGGUGUGACCCAUAACGUGCCCGUGUAUGAGGGUUACGCGCUUCCUCACGCCAUUAUGCGUUUGGAUUUGGCCGGUCGGGACCUCACAGAUUACCUCAUGAAGAUCCUGACGGAGCGUGGAUACUCCUUUGUCACAACCGCUGAGCGCGAGAUCGUGCGUGACAUCAAAGAAAAGUUGUGCUACGUGGCUCUGGACUUUGAGAAUGAGAUGGCCACCGCCGCCUCCUCGUCCUCCCUGGAGAAGUGCUACGAGUUGCCCGACGGUCAGGUCAUCACCAUCGGCAACGAGCGUUUCCGCUGCCCGGAGACUCUCUUCCAGCCCUCGUUUAUUGGCAUGGAAUCUGCGGGCAUUCACGAAACCGCCUACAACAGCAUCAUGAAGUGUGACAUCGACAUCCGGAAGGACCUGUACGCGAACAACGUCCUGUCCGGCGGCACGACCAUGUACCCCGGUGUGGCUGACCGCAUGCAGAAGGAGAUCACGGCUCUCGCCCCCAGCACCAUGAAGAUCAAGAUCAUCGCCCCCCCUGAGAGGAAGUACUCGGUGUGGAUCGGCGGUUCCAUCCUCGCCUCUCUGUCCACCUUCCAGCAGAUGUGGAUCAGCAAGCAAGAAUAUGACGAGGCGGGACCCUCCAUCGUCCACAGGAAGUGCUUCUAGGCGCCAGACUGUGUGCCAACAACCAAUUAACGGAUCCAAAGCUGAAAUUCGGGCGUUGUCAUCAAUUUUUUUGUUUACACUCAAGUGCCAUUUAUAUGUGGAUAUGUACAGGUUUAUAAAUAAACGAGAACCGGGUCUUGCAGGGGA